UUGUUUUUGUUUUGGAAAUAGCUUCGAGGAGGAAUUUCCAUUUUUCAGGGAUUGCUUCCGCAUUCUAUGGAAUUUCAUCGAAACCGGUAACUAUUGUUUACUGAAAACAAACUCAAAGUUUUAACAUCGGGUUGGAGCAGCUGGAAAAAUGGGCACCCGCAAGAAGGGAGUGGAAUUCGUUAAGCACAUUACUGAGAUCAUAACCAAGUCCAAAGGCUUCGAGAAUCAUUUGCAAAAGGUUAAGAUUCUGGAUGGCGGCGAUGGAGUCUGCCGAGCCGAGCUGAAGGUGGAGCAGGACCAUGUCAACUUGUAUAAGUUCUUGCAUGGCGGUUACAUAGUCACUCUCGUGGACAUGAUCACCACAUACGCCCUGAUGUCCAAGCCCUGUCAUCCGGGUGUUUCGGUGGACCUCAGUGUGAACUUUCUGAAUGGCGCCAAGCUCGGCGACGAUGUUAUCAUAGAGGCUAGCUUGUCGAAGGUGGGCAAGUACCUGGCCUUCAUCGACUGCACCCUGAAGCACAAAAAGGACGACAAGGUGGUGGCCAAGGGCACCCACUUGAAGUACGUGAAAUUCGACUAGAAAUAGUGCCCACAAUCUAUAUCCCCAUCAUCCGUUUUUGAAUAUUAAUGUGCUUUAUUUUAUUACAUGUGUAGCAGUACAUUGUUAGUUAAUUGUCAAUUAAACUUGAUCUUAACGCGA